AUGUCGCCUCUACCUGAGGAGUUUGACAUUAUUGUGUGUGGAGGGGGCUCGACGGGAUGUGUUGUGGCGGGAAGAUUGGCGAAUCUCGACCACAAUCUCAAGGUGUUGCUGAUCGAGGCAGGGGAAAACAACCUCAACAAUCCCUGGGUGUUCAGGCCAGGAAUCUUCCCGCGGAACAUGAAGUUGGACUCCAAAACGGCUACUUUCUAUGAGUCUAACCCUUCACCAUCACUCUCUGGUAGAGGUGCCAUCGUUCCGGCAGCAAAUAUACUUGGAGGUGGCAGCUCUAUCAACUUUAUGAUGUACACGAGAGCAUCUGCCUCCGACUAUGAUGACUUCCAAGCCAAAGGGUGGUCAGCCGAGGAACUCCUCCCUUUCAUGAAGAAGUUCGAGACCUACCAGCGCGCCUCCCACAAUCGUGAGACACACGGCUUUGAGGGACCAAUCAAGGUCUCUUUUGGAAACUACCAGUAUCCGAUCAAGGACGACUUUCUUCGCGCUGCGGAGUCUCAAGGUAUCCCAAUCGUUGAUGAUCUUCAAGACCUGAAGACUGGUCAUGGCGCUGAACAGUGGCUCAAGUGGAUCAAUCGUGAUACUGGCCGUCGAAGUGAUGCCGCCCACGCCUACAUCCACGCCACCCGUGCGGUCCACUCGAACCUGUACCUUGCUUGCAAUACCAAGGUUGACAAGGUCAUCAUCGAGAACGGGAGGGCUGUGGCAGUUCAGACUGUUCCGACCAAGCCGUUGGGCAACGUGAGCACUCGUAUCUUCAAGGCGCGUAAGCAGAUCGUGGUGUCAGGCGGAACCAUGAGUUCACCCUUGAUCCUCCAGCGCUCCGGUAUUGGCGACCCUGCCAAGCUCCGCGCCGCCGGCGUCAAGCCGAUUGUCGAUCUUCCUGGCGUUGGUCUUAAUUUCCAAGAUCAUUACUUGACCUUUAGUCUCUAUCGAGCCAAACCCGGAGUGGAGAGUUUUGAUGAUUUUGCCCGUGGUGAUCCUGCUACUCAGAAGCGUGUCUUUGAGGAAUGGAACCUCAAGGGAACCGGCCCCUUGGCAACCAAUGGCAUCGAGGCAGGGGUGAAGAUCAGGCCCACGCUUGAGGAAUUGAAGGAGUUUGAGUCGUGGCCAACACCGAACUUCAAGGAGGGCUGGGAGUCGUACUUCAAGAACAAACCCGACAAGCCCGUCAUGCACUAUUCGGUCAUCGCUGGCUGGUUUGGCGACCACAUGCUGGUGCCUCCUGGGAAUUAUUUCACAAUGUCGGUGACCAUUUCACUCUCGGAAUCACACAGCCUCAUGAGUCCAUAUCCCUUCAGUCGUGGAAAGACUCACAUCACGUCUCCCGAUCCGUACGCCGUCCCAGACUUUGAUGCCGGAUUCAUGAAUGACCCUCGCGAUAUGGUACCUAUGGUCUGGGGCUACAUUAAGUCUCGCGAGACCGCCAGACGUAUGGAUGCCUACGCAGGCGAGUGCCAGAGUAUGCAUCCCGUCUUUGACUACGACUCGGAAGCUCGCGCUCAUGACCUCAACUUGGCCGACACAAACGCUUACGCGCUUCCUGGCAACAUCACUGCCGGUAUCCAACACGGCAGCUGGAGCGUCCCGCUCCCAGAGCCCGAAGACAAGCUCACACCGGAGAACAUCAAACGCAUCGUCUCCAGCAACCGCAAGGACAAGAGAAGGGAGCUCAAGUAUACCAAAAAGGACAUCCAAGCCAUCGAAGAAUGGGUCAAGCGCCACGUGGAGACCACCUGGCACUGCCUGGGCACGUGCUCCAUGGCUCCCAGGGAGGGGAACAGCAUCGUGAAGCAUGGCGUCCUCGAUGAACGCCUCAACGUCCACGGUGUCAAGGGCCUCAAAGUAGCAGACCUUUCCAUCGCACCAGACAACGUGGGAGCGAAUACCUUCACAGUGGCCCUUACAAUUGGAGAGAAAGCGGCGGCUCUCGUGGCAGAGGAUCUCGGAUACUCUGGUGAGGCUCUGGAGAUGAAGGUGCCGGAUUAUCACGCACCGGGCGAGAACCGGCUUGCCAGUCGACUUUGA